AUUGACAUUGGUCUGGCUCGAAACAUGAUAACAGAAAAGCCUUCCUGCGCUCCGCGUUGUCGGGCUGUCCUCAACCCCGAUCACUUGAAACUCAAAUAAGCAGGCGCAAAGAGGAGAAAGGAUCGCACAGUAUCCUAUCAGCGGGUGCUCAGAGGGAAUAACAAGAGACCUUUAUACCACGCACACACCCUUGUAUGUGCUCUUGCGCAUCGCAGAUCUUACAAAGUGCUAGUGUUCAACUACAGUAAAGUUAACAUGUAUAUGCACGCUUUGAUACGCGCAAGCGUUGGAUUUGUAGGUUUCUGCUUGGUCGCCUUUGUCCAACAGUCAGCUUCAGGAAGUAAACCCACUCAAGAUGUGGACGAGUGUGCAGAGGCACUUGACAACUGCAGCAUAGAUGCCAUCUGCCAGAACACCCUGAAGUCAUACAAAUGUAUCUGCAAGUCAGGCUAUAAAGGGGAUGGCAAACAUUGUGAAGAUGUCGACGAAUGUGCGACUGAAUACAACGGCGGCUGCGUUCACGAGUGCAUCAACAUCCCAGGAAAUUACAGGUGCACAUGCUAUGAUGGCUUCCGCUUGGCACAUGAUGGGCACAAUUGUCUCGACGUGGACGAGUGCUCAGAAGGCAACGGCGGAUGCCAACAGAUUUGUGUCAACAUGAUGGGCAGCUACGAGUGCCGCUGCAGAGAAGGAUUCCUCCUGAGUGACAACCAGCAUACCUGUAUCCAACGACCUAAAGUACAACCAGAAGGCACAAAGGAGGGACCCACCUGCAUGGACAAGAAUCAUGGCUGUGCACACAUCUGUAGGGAAACACAGAAGGGUGGCAUCUCCUGUGAGUGCAGACCUGGAUUCCAGCUCACCCGUAACAUGAAGGAUUGCAAAUUGACGUGUAACUACGGUAAUGGAGGUUGCCAGCACAUCUGUGAGGAGACCGACCACGGCCCCAAGUGCUCGUGCCACAUGAAGUUUGUCCUGCACAGCGAUGGAAAGACUUGUGUAGGGGAGAGGAGUAUCCCGUCCCAGGCAGCCCCACAGCUGUUCCCCAAUGAGACCUGCGCAGUGAACAAUGGUGGCUGUGAUAGCACAUGUCAUGAUUCAGUGACAGGAGUCCGCUGCAGCUGUCCUGUUGGCUUCACUCUGCAGCCGGACCGCAAGACCUGUAAAGAUAUUGAUGAGUGUCGUCUUAACAAUGGGGGGUGUGAUCACGUGUGUCGAAACACGGUGGGCAGCUUUGAGUGCAGCUGCAAGAAAGGCUACAAGUUGCUGACCAAUGAAAGAACUUGUCAAGACAUUGAUGAGUGCUCUUUUGACCGCGCCUGUGACCACUUUUGUGUCAACUCCGCCGGCAGUUUCCAGUGCCUCUGUCAUAAAGGCUACGUCCUCUACGGCCUUGCGCACUGCGGAGAUAUUGAUGAAUGCAGUAUAAACCGUGGAGGGUGUAAAUAUGGCUGCAUCAACACCCAGGGGAGCUAUGAGUGUACCUGUCCACCAGGGUACAAGCUGCACUGGAACAAGAAAGACUGUAUUGAGCUGGUGAGAUGUCCGCCUGGACUUUUAGCACCGAAGGCCACUUUGACCUGCAGCAAGACAGGCAAGAAAGAGAGCUGCUCUCUCACGUGUGCCUCGAAGGCUCACUAUUUGGCAGAGUCUGACAACAGCUACUCAGUCAGCUGUGGUAUCCCCAUCCUCAGAGGGAAGUCCGCUGCCAGGCUCAACUCCAGCAGCAGUCAGAGCUGCAUAGAGACUCUGGCCCCUCCAGUGAAGCAGACGGCUUCUUUUAAGAUUAAAAACGCCAAAUGUCACUUGCACCCAAAGCUGACCGGCAGGACAGAGGACAGGGGACGGACACUUGGACCAGGAGGCGGGCAGCCCUGCAGCAACUGCCUGGUGACGUUUGUCAACCUGAAAUGUGAUUCCUCUAAGAAAGCUAAAGGACGACGCGCUCGCAACCCCUCUAACAAAGAGGUGACCCGCAUCACUUUGGAACUGGAAGCUGAGGUCAAACCUGGAGACACUACAGGGAGCUGUAAUCUCAGCUGCCUCAGACAGCGCAUGGAGAAGCAGGUGAAGACGUACAUCAAGGCUCUGAAGAAGUCCAUCAACCAGGAACGUUUUCUGAUACGAGUUGCCGGUUUGGAAUACGAGGUGGCCCAAAAACUUCCCCAGGCUGCUCCCGUUCAGGAAAACUGUGGCCCGGGCUGGGAGAGGGACAGCGGCCGAUGUGUCAGAUGCUCGCCGGGGUCUUACUACCACGGGGAGCAGGAGCGUUGUGUCCUGUGUCCGCCUGGCACUUUCCAGGAGAAGGAGGGGCAGCUGGCCUGUGACCUCUGUCCUGGCAGUGAUGGCCACGGGCCUGUCGGGGCAAGAAACAUCUCCUCCUGUGCAGGCCAGUGUCCAACCGGGUACUUCUCCAGCGAUGGCUUCAAACCCUGUCAGCCGUGCCCUCAGGGCGCCUACCAACCGGAUUUGGGACGGACGCUGUGCUUUCCUUGUGGGGGAGGACUGAGCACCAAGCGGGAAGGUGCCAGCUCCUUCCAUGAUUGUGAGGUCAAAGUCCAGUGUUCUCCAGGUCAUUACUACAACACCACGGUACACAGGUGUAUCCGCUGCCCAGUGGGGACGUAUCAGACAGAGUUUAGGCAGAACUACUGCAUCUCCUGCCCUGGAAACACCACCACUGAUUUUGAUGGUGCCACAAGCGUCUCACAGUGCAAGAACAGGCAAUGUGGUGGUGAGAUGGGUGAAUUCAUGGGCUACAUUGAGUCACCUAACUAUCCUGGUAAUUACCCUGCUAAUGUGGAGUGCAUUUGGAACAUCAACCCGCCCAGCAAGCGCAAGAUCCUAAUCGUGGUGCCAGAGAUUUUCCUGCCCUCGGAGGAUGAAUGUGGAGAUGUGCUGGUUAUGAGGAAGAACUGGUCAGCCACAUCUAUCACCACCUACGAGACAUGUCAAACGUACGAGCGACCUAUCGCCUUCACAGCUCGCUCCAGACGUCUCUGGAUUAACUUCAAGUCCAAUGAGGCCAACAGUGCCAGGGGCUUUCAGAUCCCCUAUGUUACUUAUGACGAGGACUACGAACAGCUCGUAGAGGACAUAGUGCGAGAUGGAAGACUGUAUGCAUCAGAAAACCAUCAAGAAAUCCUCAAGGAUAAAAAACUGAUUAAGACUCUUUUUGAUGUGCUGGCUCACCCAAACAACUACUUCAAGUACACCACUCGGGAGUCCAACGAGAUGCUUCCUCGCUCCUUCAUACGUCUCAUAAGCAGCAAAGUCUCCGCUUUCCUGCGACCUUACAAGUAAAAAGUCACACAGAUGCUGAAGCACCAGAUCAUGACCCCCUCCCUCCUCCCUGACAUCCCCCUCCACCUUACAGACCAUAUCCUGCAACUCUCACAGGACUUAAAAAACAUACUAGUAUGUUUACCUUCUCUUACUUUCCAUAGGCUUUGACAAUAAACGCUAUGCAGACCUGAGAAAUACUGAAAAUCAUUCGUGUUUUAGUUUUGGGUUGUUGUUUAAUGUCAGUUUCUGUUCAGCACAGGUCUGCAGUCCUGAGCUCAGGCAUUUAGUGGGGAUGUAGAGUAUGUGAGUGGGUUUGGUUUCUGUUGUGUUGUGCAAUGAAACCACAAAAAACAAAACAAAAAAAAAACAAAACGACAAACACCCAUUUCAGACGGUAGGAGUGACGUUUCGUGUGCGUGGUUUGAGCUUGAUAGAGCUUGUUGUGUUUGUUUAAAUGAGCGGUCUGAGUUCCAGCUUCAUCUCCUACCAUUAAGUAUGACUUUAAGUGUUGUGUAAGUGUUGUGUAACCCUGCUUCCAUCUUCAGUGUCUGUGUGCUGUCCUCGAGGAGGAGCGGUUGUUAAACUCAUGUCGCAGCUGCGUUCCGCAUCAUUCAAAGCCUCACUAUAUUUGAGCUCUUAGAGCGGUUUUCAAGCGUUUUACUGUUAAAACAGUUAAUCUAUGUUCUGUUCCAGCUGUCUAGACUAGACCAAUGUUUUCCAGCCAGUUAAUUUCUGUUGCUCUUAUUUUUUUGAAAAAAGCCAACUUAAAAGCGAAUACAAAAAAAAUAAUAAUAAUAAUAAAAAAAGGUGGUUUGUCAUUCCAGGAACAGAGCGGACAUUUGGGAAACGAAUAACAAAUAAUUGUGAGAGCUGUAGAAAUGAGAUAAUGUGAUGUCUAGUAGAACAUGUCUCAGAAAGAGAGAGAGAGAGAGAGAGAAAUGUCUUUGAGGGACAUUAUGUUUGCUGCUUCUUUUAAAAAGGUCACUUUAAUUCUUCAAUCUCAUAUUGUCUUUCUAAUGUACGCUACACACUAAUAAUCUAUAGGUUUAAAACAUAAACAAAGCUCCACAUCUGAAAUACUUUAGACAUAUUAAGUUGAUAAUCUCACAUUUCCUGUCUGUGGACUAGCAGUUAUAUUCAUGUUUUUAUUUCAAUCUUGUAAAUAAUGAAAAUAAACUAGACGAGGGUUGAAUUAUUUGAUCCUAAUUUUCAUACGCAGCCCCACCCCCACUCAAAAAAAAGAAAAACAAAAAUCUCUUACUGCCUUUGAUGUCCUGCCCAUCUCAAAUCCAAAGACACCCAGUACCCCCGUUCAAACACCCCACUCAAGUGUUGUUGUCCCUGUGAAGACAGCUCUUCCAAAGGCCGCCUAGAAGAAGGGUGGGUCACUUUGUUUUGUGCACUAAACUUAGAACGCAUCAGCCUACCUUUGAAAUAAA